CCCUCCUCAAAGCAGUAUUCGAGUCAAUUCAUCCAAUCACUGAUAUUUGCCUUCAACGUCCGUUUUGUUCUGUCCAAAUUGGAGACCAAGUUUAUCAGUCACCUUGGAACAGCUGGCGUGUUUCGCGUGUACCUGGUCUCCAUCGGCCAGUGAUCGUGCUCCUCAGCCAGACACUUCUGGUUCGCCAAUUGCCUGCUGCGCGCAUCGCGACCAGUCUCCAGUAAUUACUCCUACCUAUCUCCUCCAGAGAAUCAGGCCAAUUAUUUCUUCGACAAGCCAGAUCUAUUCCGCAGCCUUUCGAAUCCUAAAGAAUAACCUGGCCUUCGACUGUCUUCACCUGCGCAACGUGCCACUGUCCAUAAUUGGUCCACGGUUACUUGCGCGUUACUUCAGAUCCGCCGCCUUGAGUACCGCUGACGUUAUCGCUAGCUUAUUCAAAGUCAUUACUUCCAAAACCGGAAUCGCCUACACCUUCGCCAACAGCUAAAACCAUGUCGUCGACCUCUCCCUCCAAGGAGCCCGAGGUGGAACAGGAACCUCAAUCGGGUGAAGAACACGAGCAAAUGGACAAGGAACAAGAUAACCAAACGCAAGGUCAGGGAGAGUUCGAGGUGAAGGAACAAGACAGAUGGCUACCAAUCGCAAAUGUUGCGCGCAUCAUGAAAUUAGCAUUGCCAGAGAAUGCAAAGAUUGCAAAAGAAGCUAAAGAAUGCAUGCAAGAAUGCGUGAGCGAAUUCAUCUCUUUUAUUACUAGCGAGGCUUCCGAAAAAUGUCAACAGGAAAAACGCAAGACAGUCAAUGGAGAGGACAUCCUGUUUGCUAUGACCUCGCUUGGCUUUGAAAACUAUGCUGAGGCCCUCAAAAUCUAUUUGUCGAAAUAUCGAGAGACUCAGUCUGCCAGGGGAGAGCAUCAGAAUCGGCCGCCAAGUAGUGGGUAUGCCGGGGGCGGACCCGUCGGCGGAGCUGCCAGCGGCCCUUCAGUCGUGCGUGCCGGGGGUGCUGCAGCUGGAGGCGCCUUCCCCGAAGCCUCUGAUAAUGCAGGCAGCAUUAUGAAUCAGGGCUUGGACCCAUCUGAGCAGGACGCCUCAGCUUAUGGAUACCCUCCCAUGGUUGGCCAAGGUCAUAACGGAGCUGGUGGCGAAUCUUAUUAGUC